AUGCCUCUUCCUCCAGCAUUGCUAGCCCGUUUGGCCAAGAGAGGGAUUGUGAAGCCCUCAGAACAAGAAGCUGAUGAGGAGAUAAUUGCUGAAGACUACGAUGACAACAAUGUGGAUUAUGAAGCCACACGAAUAGAGAACCUGCCACCAAACUGGUACAAAGUGUUCGAUUCUGCCUGCGGCCUUCCGUAUUACUGGAAUGUGGAACACGAUCUGGUUGCUUGGCUCUCCCCAAAUGACCCCACCUCAGUUAUAACCAAGCCUGCCAAGAAAGUAAAAGUAGACGGCGGGGAUGAAAAAGUGGAGAGACCGUCUGAGAAACAGGACAGAGACAGGGAACGAGAGCGAGAACGGGAGAAGGAAAGAGAAAGGGAGCGGGAAAGGGAAAGGGAGCGGGACAGAGAGAGGGACAGGGAGAGAGACGACGGGAGGGAAAGAGACAGGAGGAAACAGAGAAGAGAAGACAUCGCUCCAUAUGGCAAGAAACGAGGCAGAAAAGAUGAAGAAAUGGACCCCAUGGAUCCGAGCGCCUAUUCUGAUGCCCCGAGAGGCUCGUGGUCGAGCGGCCUGCCCAAGCGGAACGAAGCCAAAACGGGUGCGGACACCACGGCCGCGGGGCCUCUGUUCCAGCAGCGGCCGUAUCCCAGUCCAGGUGCCGUGCUCCGGGCUAACGCCGCCAACCAGAUACCCAAGGAGUGA